CAAUCACACACCAAACAAACCCUAAUCACCUUCCAAAACCCCGCUUUUCCCCCUUUCCAACAAAACCCCAAUGGCAUCUUUCAAGCCCACUUCCCUUCUGCUUCUCAUUUCCAUGGUGGCUUCCUUAUCCCUCCUGACAUCACCCGCCCACGGCCAGAUCACCACCUCGUGCUCAUCCACCGCCAUCGCGGCCCUCGCCCCUUGCAUGAGCUUCCUCACAAACAGCUCGGGCACCGGCUCCUCGCCGACAGCAGGCUGCUGCGACACGCUCAAGAACCUAACCGGAACUAGCUUGGACUGCAUGUGCCUUGUGGUCACUGGAAGUGUUCCUUUCCAGAUUCCCAUCAACAGAACCUUAGCCAUCUCCCUCCCCCGAGCCUGCAACAUGCCAGGUGUCCCUCUCCAAUGCAAAGCUGCUGCUGGUGCUCCAGUUCCUGCUCCAGGCUCAGCACCGUCUCUGGCUCCUGGGAUUUCUCCAUCUGACACUCCUACAAGUGAGAGACAAAAACUUGUGCAUUCACAUCGUUCGGUUGUUCCUGAGACUCCUUCACCAGAGUCAGGAACUACAACACCUGACCUGACUCCACCAUCAUCAACAACGGGAAGCACGCCGACCAUCAACACAUCAGCAGCAGCAGCCUCUUACAGCUUCUCUCCAUCUCUGGUGGUGCUUGCAGUGGGAUUUGUACUCUGCAAGUUCUACUAAGCUAGAGCCUGCUCCAAUUUCAUUGUUGUCCCAUCAUUGCUUUUGAGUUUUGGCUUUUGUUUUCAUUUUCAAAUGGGAAGUAUUCUUUUGUGGGUUCUGUAUCUGGUGUAUUGUAUUCGGGCAGAGGAUUGAUUCUCCAUGAAGC